AACUGCCAAAAGAUUAAAUAUGUGGCACACAUACUUUGUUUUAGUUUUAAGCAGCAAAGGACCACACGGUCACAAGAGAGGCCAAAUUAGUUCUGCAAUGUUUAUCCACGAGAUUAUGCAGAUAUUUGCACAAGAUAUAUCCAGUGCCUGCCUACGAUGUGAGGCCAAUUGUCAUUUGCUACCAUGGUAACCGAGUGGAAGGCUUUUGCUUGAGCGCUGUGCUGGAUUCUGCAGGUUUUGAGACACGAGCAACAAAAGUGAUCGAAACCACACUGAGAUGAAAAUGACUAAAAUCAGGUGAAAGAAGCAAGGGGCAAAAAAAGUCCUGAUAAGUACGAAAGCCCUGAAGCAGCAUCAGUACUUGGGGGAGGGGAAUCAGUGAUUGAGAGAGUCAGAGAGAGAGUGUGUGAGAGGAGGGAGCUGGAAAGAGAGAGAGAGAGAGAGAGAGAGAGAUGGUGUGGAAAUAAGAGGCCGUCAGUGUUUCUCUAUAAAAUAGGAUGAUAUUCUGAAGACCGAGUUCUCAUUCUUGAAUGUGGACUAUACUCGCGUUUCCUGGACAGUUUUUACGCUCGGACCAAGGAAGCAUGAGAAACUGGGGCUGUCCAUCUGUCCUUGGCAGUGAUGCUAUGAUUUCUGGAUGGGGGAUUCUCAUCCCCACUAAUAGAAGUGAUGGAAAUGAUUAUCACUACGAAGGGGCAAAGUAGGCAGAGACUCCAAUUUAGCCAAAUUUGGAUCAGCAGUGAGUUUUUUUUUAUCUUGUUACACAUUUCUUUUUAACAUUCAAACAACUAAACAUACUGUAAAGGUAUGGUGAACGCGUCACAAAUAUCAGCUCUGUUUGCCGAUCAAAGCAGAUGGUGAAUAGGUAAUACAGAGCGCAGUGAAGGGAUGUGCAGUGAAGAGAGGUACACAUCUAUUUAUAUCGAUUUCCAAAGAUACGGUCUUGCACUUACCUGAGUGUGAUUCUGUCUAUUUCAAGAAGUUGCUUGCACUUCUACCUUUAAUUACUGCUGUAAUGUACAAAGUUAUGGAUGUUGUUUUUUUUUUGAAGUAGUGAAAAUGACUUGACACGCAAAACCUGUGACUUGGAAAUUUUUAAACCAUAAACAUUUUUUCUGUGGAAGCUUAUUUUGAAAUUGUUUGCAUUUUUUUUCUACAAUGGGCAAAACACUGAGUCGACCAGGUUGCCUGCGCCAGAGUCCUUGUUGCUCAAAGAAAAAUGACAGAGAAGGCUACAAUGAAGAUGGAUAUAUCCCUCAACGCUCCAUCUAUGAUACAAUGUGCAUCAAUGAGCAGAUUGACCAUAGCUCAGCACACAGCACUUUGGGGUCGAGGAGAGGUCGUGAGACUGAUUUCUCCAGUAAUGGCUCCCUGGGUGGAGACAUGUUUGACACCAGAUCUUCUGUGAUUCUAUCUGGUGGAAGAAGACUGGACGAGCGGUUCAUUUUUGACUCGCUGAAACUGGCUAAUGAUGAACUAAGAUCACCGGGAGGGUUUGUUAGGUCAGCUUCCCCAAGCGUUUCAUGUUCUUCAGCACCUGGUGGGUCAAUGAACAAGAGGCAUCUCCAUCAGGAUAAUGGUAAGAAGGACAGUCUGUGUCGGCACUCGUGGAAGGUUCUUACGCCUCCCAAGUUUCCUGAGCCUUUGGAGCUUUCUCCAGGAGAAAAGAACUUCUUAAAUCCAGGAGUGGCGUUCUUUCCAAGCAGCAUAGCCUCUCCACAGAUAUCCCCAUUUUCUGGAUCCCCCUUCUCAACUGGCACACACACUCCAUCUGUCUUUUUUUCCCCUUCUCCCCUUCCUUACAGUCAGCAAUUCCACAGACAGUCUUUGCCUACUCAGCCCUCAUCUCCGAGACCACCUCUUUCUGAACUAUCAGUUAGUGCUCUCAUGGGUGGCCAAGAUAUACACAAGGUAAUUGAGAAAGAGCAGGAGAUAAGGGGACAUGAGAAUGUCAUAAAAGGGCAGAGACAUUUUGAGACUUUUAAACCCAAGCCUAUUGAGCCCAUCAAUGAGCAACAGCCCUCCACACCAGAACCUGAACAUGAUACUGCACCUCUUUUGCACCCUGUGGUUCCUAAAGUGUCAACAAUCUGCAAAACUUCAAUGGAGUCUACCUGGCCACGGAGGCUCAUUGGUAGGAGGAGGACAGUGAGACAAGGUGGGGCAGUUCACAACCUUCCCAUUCUUCCUCCAUUGCCCUCUCUGCUCAUAAGGAGUGUCUCAGAUAAAAAGCCAACACCCCGACUUUCCCCCUUUCUUGAGCACCAAGGAAAAGUGGAGGGACAUCUCAGUAAAUCUAUGCUAAAAAACGAACUGAAGGAUUGUUCUUUGCAAGACUGGAAGAUUUUGAGGGAAAUAGAAGAGCGUAAAGCUGGAUCAACUAAAUAUGAUCUACAAACUAUGGAAUUCAUGGAGGACUCCGGUAAAAUGUCACCUCUUCAAGAGAAACCUGAGGAAAGUGUUGAUGAAAAUGUCACAUCUGAAUGUGAGGUUGAAAACUGGGAGGCUGUGCUUGAGAUGGUCAACUCGCUUUGGGAUGAAACAUGGAAAGACUCAGAUUCCCAGAAUUUAGGCUCUUUGAGACACUGGCCACUCUUGAAUCCUCCUUCAGGUUUUGGUGGCUCACAGGCUCCCUCUGGUACAAGUUCAGAGUUAGGAGCUGAAGAUCUACUGGAGCUUGAAAGGAUAUGUAGAGAGGACUCUAUAGAUUCUGAGCUCAGUGACCUACUCCACUCACAGUCUGAAUCACAGCUCAAUGAAUACAAAAGCAAUGUUAUUGUCACACAACCAAUGGGACAUCUUCAUCAAACUAGCAUUCCAACCGUACUGGAUCUUGGUACUGUUGGGGCUCAACUGAAAAAUAAUGAUGCUCAAUCACCAGAUUCCAAUCUUACUUUGGACUCAGACUCCAGUGGGGUUUUUAUGUCUAAUACCAGCCAGACCAGUAAAGAGGACAUUAACUAUGAUGGUGACAGAUCUGUGUAUCAAUUAGAAAUGGCAAUUGCGGCUUUACCUCAUAAAGGACACAAUGAUCAAGCUAUUGCAAGAGUGACUGGGGCAUCUAAACCAGAAAUAAUUGACCGUAAAUGUUCAACUCUUGACAGAAAGCAAACAUCUGUCACCACAGAUUUAAGCAAAGCCAUUCAUUUGAAAAAAGUUCAAACCAAAGGCAUAAACAGUUCCAAAUCCAUGGACAGUGGAUCUCUGGGGCAAGAGAUCUGUAACACUGUGAGGACAUCAAAGACUGAUGUCCUUUUACCCCUGACUCCUUCAAAACAUGAUAUCAGAGGAACUUUACUGGAUAGUGGUGAUUUGGAUCCCUUUGUUGCAACCGACAGCUUUGUCUAUCUCGCAGUUUCAGUCCUGCCACCUCCCCAAACCAAGCGCCCCAUUCCACAUCAGGAAGGUGUAUCCAUUCCAACUGGAAAAGAGCCCUUACUCCCUGCCUCCAUUCCAAAACCAGGCCCUUAUCCUGAUGAGUGUGAUUUCCUUUCCACUGACAGUUUUGUUUACCUGGCUGCCCCAGAUUGUCACCUGCUGGUUGCCGAAGGUCAUUCUGUAUAUGAUUCAAAGGACUCUGAUUCUGAGGACAGUGGCUCUAGAGCAGACUUUGUCCAAGCCUCCACAGUUGGAGACAGUGACUGGGACUCUGAUCUGACCGAUUCGGAUCAUGAAUGGGACCUCUGGGAAGAGCUGGAACAGGAAGUCCUUCAGGGGCUUUUCUGCGAAGACCAAUCUGAAAUGGACAAAGAGUGCCAUGACAAGUAAGCAUGGCAGAUUUCUUGCCAGCGUGCAGAGUUGGCUGCUAAUGUUGAGCAGGAUAAUGCUGGGGUGUCUUCACAGUACACGCAGGGGGCAGAGCCACACAUGGAGAUAGAAUCUUUGUCCAAACAACUCUGCUCACAAAGACAAAACAGAUGCACUCAUUUUAGAAACUUGACCUCUUGGUAAUGAUUGGGUAAUAUUAAUCAGGGAAAGAAGUGUUUUAAAAUCCACCCCUGGACAAGCACAUUAUAGGUCUCCUAUUUAAGCAGUAAUUGUACUAUCUAGACCUAUGUGAUUGUGAGUUGCUUAGAUUUAUUAGCUUGAUAAUUUUGUUGCUUAUGUGGAUCAUAUUUAACUGAACAAUUUAUAGUGGCAGUUUUUAUGUGAUUAUUAUUAUGAUAUUUACUAUAAGGGUUUUCAUCAGAGGGUUUUAAAAUUGUUCCAAGCUCAAAAUCAGUGCAAUAUAAAAACAAUACUAUAUUUGCUAUAUAUAG